AAAACAGCUGACUCUCAAAAAAGGGGGUUGAAAGGACAGAAUGACAGCCGGACACAUAAAUCCAGCCGGAAUCUUGACAAGAACAGUUGCAAGGACACAGGUGUGAAAAUGGAGGAACGCGCUGUGCUGGCCAACAUCGCCUCCAUAAUAACCAAGGAUCUGCUGAUUGACCAACCACCGCCAGUGGCAGCUCCAAUUAGCUUUCCCCUCCUAGAUGCCUGCGACGACGAUGAUGAGGCGGAAAUAUUUGCCCUGAUGCAGAAAAAACGAGCGGCGGCUUCUGCUGCCGGUCGAAAGCGCCGACAGCCUGAUGAGCCGGAGGCACGAAAGCCGGAACCUAAGCAGGCCAAGCUGGAGUGGCACCACGCGGAACUCAACCUACUGCAUCGCUACACGGACGUCCAGUUUGAGUCCAACCUGCACAUGCGAAAACUCACAUUCCUGAAAAUCCAACACAUCCUAGAGGAUACCUUACAAGGUAUCUCGCUUUCCGGGUAUCCCACUCCGCCGGCUCAGACAAUGCUCUCCCUGGCCAUGUGGAAGCUCUCCACGGACGAACAUUUCGAGGAAAUCGCCCGCAAAUUCCGGGUACCCUGGGCGGUCUGCCAGCAGGUGGUCCGUAGCUUCUGGCACUGCAUUUCCGACAACUAUGAAAGCUUCAUAAAGUGGCCUAACUCGCUGGCUGCCCAACAGAGCACUUUGCAGGGCUACCAGGAGCUGGAGCAACUGCGGUGCUUCCGGGAACUAUUCGGGAUUAUAACUCUCAAGCGCCUGGAUGUAUUCCUAGAAUCAGAGCACGCGGAGGUGCCGGUAGUGCUUCAGUUGAUCUGCAAUGCGGAGCGCAAGAUCAUCGACUGCUAUGUGGAACUGGCCGUGGAUUACAGCUUUGAGGAGUCACCCAUUGGCCAAACGCUAGCCCUCAACCCCCGGACCAUGCCGGCGGGUAGCUACCUGAUUGGCAACGGAGUCUUCCCUUUGAAAUCCUACCUAAUGCGACCCAUAGAGACGGAGUGCUUCCAAAAGGAUACUGUUUUCAAUGAUCUUCUGCGUCCAGCUUUUCAACUCGCUGAGAAGGUUCUGGACAAGUUGGCGCUGCGCUUUAACACACUAUACGCCCUGGAGGCACGCGACCUGAACGAGGUGCGCCUGAUCGUGGAAAGCAUCUGCGCCAUGCACAAUCUUUGCGAGGAAUACCAGGAUGACGCCCUAGCGAGCGAUGGGCAGGCAAAUUACAGCUGGGGUGGUCUAUUGGAAGGUAUCAGGGGCAGCGAAAAAGAUUCGAAAGGGGUUCGUCGGCGCGUGGAACUUUUGGACGAACUAGUGGCUAUUGAGCCAGGAGAAUAAAUAUUAAUCAGAAACUAUUAAAAUGCAUUU